AUGCCGAUAGUAAUUCUGAUAUUCCUUAUUUGUACUGUUGCGUGUCAAGAUGAUUACAGUAAGUUGUUUUUGAACUCUUUUUUUCUUUAGCUAAUGAAACGCUAGUAAAAGCUUACAUUUGUUGAUUUUUCAUCACUGAGGUGUUAACUGAGUUUAAUUGUUCCGACAAACUUUUUCUUAAACUCAAACGAUAAGACAUUUUCACAUCCUCAACCAUCUGUAAGGUUUUUUUAGUUUUAAAGUAAGCGACGUUAUGAUCAAAAAAAAACUCUCAACUCAAGUUUGACCUCUUUCAAAAUCAAUCAAAAAAAUUUUUUUGAUUUUUUUUUUUUUUUGAUGAAUCCAAGAAUUUACCGAUGCUUCUGAAUGCCACGGCGCACAAGAAGCCUGUUUUCAUAGAAGAAAGUGUUCCACUCGUUUCAGUAUUGUCACGCGAAUCAGUACAACAACUGGAUGACUGGGAGCUUCGUGUACUCCGAGAUUUCGUCCGUGGGAAGGGAAGACCAAUUCUAGAAAGAAUUCCUCUUGACGUCAGCGACGACGGUAUGGAGUCUUUGCUCGACCUCACAAAUCCCAUGCUUGUCCCUCAAGGCGGGAUGAUGAUGGUUUUUUAAAACUAAUAAUAUUUCAUUUGAUGAAUUCCGCAGAAAGUGCAGCCUGAGCCAAGAUUGCUAACACCGAAGCCGAAGUCAAAUGCUCCCAGGCCUUCUGUUGAUGAUUACAAACAACUUGCAAGUGUCAUACAGGCAAGUUUCUUUAUUUUUUGAAAUUCAUAUUUUGAUUCAGAUGUUCAUAGAUAGAAGGACAAGCAAGCCUCGGACACGUCCCAAAGAAGUUCGGCUUCCGUCUGUGAAACCUAUUCGCUCCAGAAGUGAGGCAAUUUUAGGAAUUUUCUUCAUAAAAACAAUGCUCACCAGAAUAACAAAAAAUACCUAACUUCAGCAGAGCCACUACCAAAUGCAAUAAUAACUGCACCACCAGAAGAUGAACUAUCGCCGAGGUCUGAAUUUCCAGCCAAUGUGAGCUCCUUUCUUAUUGAGGAACGAUUUGAAAUUUCUCAGAACGAAGCGAAGCUCUGGAAGCCUAUGCAGCGAUUCACUCCUCCUAAAACCGCCGGUGAGUGCCGUUUGCCAGAAAGAACAACAUUCUCUGCCGGUACCGGCAGAUUUGUGCAGACACGCGCGUCUCUCGCGCCGACCGCUUGACGGCGGCGGCGGCCAUCCAUCUCUGAAUUCUCUUUUCCCCUCCGAACCCAGUAUCCGCUUCUCUAGACAAUUGGACAAGAUGUUCGGAAAGGAGAGAAAGAGGCAGUGGGAUGUGUACAACUAGACAGGCUUCUUACGUCGGAGAGACGGUAGUCGAGACCCUUUCCCACUCGUUCCUGAUGGCGUCGAAUAUUUGGGCAGGCUGACGCGUGUCACAUUGCUCGGCGUUCCAGGAAUUCUGACAGGAUUCUUCUGAAAAUCCGCGUCAUUCUAGGCGUUCAGAUUCAAACUUUAAACAGCUGAAUGUCAGAAAAAAAAUAAAGUCUAACUGUUUGAAAACUGAUCAGAAUUUUUUUUUGAUAUUCCACUUCAAUCCUUUAUUUUCUAAGCUUUCGGAAAGACUUCAACUUGAUUUACUUACUUUAGAUUUUUUUUUUUACUUCAAAGAGACGGCCCUUGAAUGUUGAAAAGCUGACCUCUUUGAGCCUUUCAGGAACCUUCUCUGGUUUAUCGAAAAGUGUACGGAUGAUUUUUAAAAAUCUGAAGUCAUCUGAAGUCAUCCCAAAAAAGGCGUUUUUAAACUUAACACAAGUUCGAAGUAUUGAAACAGUGAUUAAGAAACUUCUGCGGGGACCCGAGAACUCUACGAAAAAAGAAUGGAAGAGCUGAGCGCUGAACUCUCAAAAAUAAUGAAAAAGAUCGAAGAGGCUUCUAAAAACGACUCCCCACGAGUUCAUAUUUUGAGGAAUGUAAGGAAUAACCGGAAAACAAAAAGGAAAAAUCAGAUUAUCAGGGAUCGGCUGAGCAAAUCAACACAGGAGAAUACAUCUUUAUCGCUUCCGUAACGCUAAUUCGCGAUCGUGACGUCAACAUUCUCGUAGACACCGGUCUUGGAACAAACAUCAACGCUCGGACCGCCCUAUUAGAAAGUUAGUUUCAAUCAAGAUUGACCCUUGUGGUGGGCGCCACUGAAAAGAAACAGGAGGAUUACAGUAUGGUAAUAAUAAAAAAUUUUUUCCGGUUUGAAAGCUUUCGACUUGUCUCCUCCUUCCAUCAACGUAGUUGUCACAACUCAUGGCCAUCCCGACCACGCGGGCGGAGUUCACGACUUCCCAGACGCCGUUCAUUACCACAGUUGGUUCUCCCAUCACAGAACGCGCUUCAACCUCACCGCACUGUUCGAGGUCUCAUUUCAAAAAACCGGAAAAAUAUUCAUUGCAAAAUUUGAAGAACGAAUAUUUGAACUUGACGGAAAACGUGUCCUUAGUGAAAGUGCGAGGCCACACCUCUGAAGAUGUUGCGGUGAUCGUGCGGAAUGAGCCUACUCUGGGAACUGUCUUCGUUUCUGGUUGCCAAAAAAGCCAGUGGCAAACAAUAAAACCGGUUUGAGGGGACAUUUUCAUGCGGUCAGAAGACUUGGAUCAUCCGAUGAUGUGGCAACCGCUGUCCAGCGACGUCGCAGCGCAAAAAGAAGCUCGUCGCAAGUUCGGGUGCAUUUCCGAUUGGAUCGUCCCAGGACAUGGACCUGCGUUCCCCGUUACCUCAAUUGUCAAAAAUUCCCUCAAAUGUCAUUGAUUUUUUUACAAUCUAAAAUAAAUUGCUUCUGAUAUUUUCCAGAAUAUAUAAUGAAUAUUUUUGUUUCGUUUGCUCACGUUUGAAUUAGGAUUUCAUCAGUUUUUUGAAGAAAAUUUUCGAAAAUUAUUGAGUAAAGAAAAUAGUUUGUUUACCACGACUUGAGAGCUAUUUGUGUAUUUCCUCUCCUAUUGGCAAAGUUAUUGAAGUAUGAAAAUAGAAAAAAAAGCGCAGAAAAUUCCGAGUGAAAUUCGUUGUGGCAAGGGUAUACAAAUGACGUCUUUACGAAAAAAUCUAAGUUCGGCAUAAUUGGCAUUUUCAAAUUUUUUGUCCACUUUGUCUUUUUUCAUCACUUAAUAGACUUUUUCUAACCAAAAGAAUUGUCAAAAUGAAUCUGAAGAAAGUGACAAAAGGCUCUAGUAAAUCCAUUCAUGAUGGUUUACUCGUGAUUGAAAUCGAUAUGAAGCGUCGCUUACACUGAUUGCGAGGGUCUCGUGGUUCGAUAAAAUUAUAUAAGAGUGGUCUUUGCGAAUUUUGUCGGUGAUCCCUUGCAGGAAUAGGCGGAAGCCUGCUUUAGUGAUAGCCGCCGUCCUCAGAUCUCGUUAUCGUCUGCCGAUGGAUUUGCCGCUCGACGCUUCACGACUGAUUCAAUUCACGACGCGUCACCCGCAGUUAUAG